UGUCAACAGGCCAUCUAGAUAGAGGUCUAGAUGGUUGAGAUACUGUACUUGGACAAAGUCCUUUACUAAAUUCUCCAUAGUAAGUUUAGCAGUCAUGGAGUAAGAGGAGAGGACCUCUUGCGGUUCAGGAAUUAGCUUGCAGGAAGUGAAGAAGGAAUAAAUUGAUAGUUCUCUGAAUGGAGAGAUGCAGGAAGUAGAGCCCCCCAAGGGUCAGUAUUGGGAACUGUGCUUUUUAACAUAAUCAUAAAUGAUCUAGUGUUAGGAAUGAGCAGUGAGGUGGGCAAGUUUACUGAUGAUAAUAAGUCAUUUAGGGUCAUUAAAAGAGAUGAUGAAGAGCUUCAAAAAGGGUACUACAUUGGCAAAAGCACUGUAAUGCAAAGAAGUGUAAAGUGAUGCAUGUUGGGGCCAAAAAUCUGAAUUUCACAUAUAUACCAUGGGAUCUGAACUGGCAGUGAACUGACGAGGAAUGAGACCUUUGGGUCAUAGUAGACAGCAUGAGUCAGAUGUUGGUGCAGGGUGAAGCGGCUAAAAAAACAAGUUCUGCACUAGGGAUCAUCAGCAAAGGAAAUGAAACAAAGCUGCUGAUACAAUGCUGUUGAAUAACUCUAAGGUGUGACUGUACUUGCAAUAAUCGGUACAGCUCUGGUUGCCUCACCUCAAAGAGGACACUAGAGUUGGGAAAGGUUCAGAAAAGGGCAGCCAAAAUGAUUUCUCAUAAGGGAGGAAAACUAGGAACUCCUGGGCAUCCAGUGAAGUUGAAUGUUGGAAGAUUCAUGACGGAUAAAAUGAAGUGCAGCAGAUUAGACAAAUUCAUUAAGGAAGAGAGGGCUAUCGAGGGCUUGCUAGCCCUGAUGGCUAUCCUCUGCCUCCUCGCUCAUGGGCAGCAAAUGCUUCUGAAUGCCAAUUGCUGGAAACCGCAGGAGGGAAGAGGGCUCUUGCAGGUUUGGCCACUGUGAGAACAGGGUGCUGCUCUGAUCCUGCAGGCUCCUCGGAUGUUCGAUUCCUCUGAGAUGACCAGCUGAGCGAAGCGGUGUUGUUGUUUUUUGAACGUCUGACUACCUUGCGCGUCAUAAUGUCAUCAGGCGAUUGACGCUGUCCCUGUCCAACAGGAAGCGAGCGCAGCAGCCAGCUGGCGCGGGAGAGGCGGCUCCUUCCCCAUCGCCUCGCCCCUCAACGGCCCGAGCAGCCGCUCUCCUUCCUUCCUGCCUGCCUUCCUUCCACCCCGCCUCCCAUGCCCCGGGAGCAGGCGCGAGCGAGCGAGCCCCUGAGCGCGUGCAGAGUUCCGCGCGCCCGCCCCGUCCCCGCGUCUUCCGCGCCCCUGGCGAGGAUGUCCUCGCUGGCGGCUGGGCUUGGGGCGGCGGCGGACGACGAGGAGGUGGCGGCGGUGCUGGGCGGCGGGGGCUGGCCGGUGGUGGCGCCGCCGCCGCAGGGCCGCGAUCUGGAGCCGGCGCGCCUGCGGAGGAACACCUGCUACAUCGUCCUGGCCGUCCUGCUCAACGAGGAGGGAGAAGUGCUGAUGAUGCAGGAGGCCAAGCGGGAGUGCCACGGGCGGUGGUACCUGCCGGCGGGGCGGAUGGAGCCCCGGGAGACCAUCGUGGAGGCCAUGCGGAGGGAGGUCCAAGAGGAGACGGGCUUGCAGUGCCAGCCCCUCACCCUGCUGGCCGUGGAGGAGAGGGGCCCCGCCUGGAUCCGCUUCGUCUUCCUCGCCCGACCCACCGGUGCUGGCCCGGGCGCAUCUCAGGGGGACUUGGAGCUCCGCGGGUUGGGAGGUGGUGCCUUGAAGACCCUUCAGGAAGCUGACGCAGAAUCCCUGCAGGCCCAGUGGUGGAACAGGGAGACGCCCUCCCUGCCUCUGCGUUCCCGGGACAUCUUGCCCUUAAUAGAGCUGGCUCUGCGGUACCAAGCCAGCCCGGCCCACCCGCGAACGCUGCCCGUGGAGCUGCCUUGCGCCUUCAUCUGCCAACGCCUGCUGCUUGUCUGUGUUGGCAGCAGUGGCGACUUGUGGGUGCUUCAGGGGACAGCGGGGGCUCCGGGACUUCCUCUGGCCACAAGCGGCCUGGCUCCCUCACAGCUGGGUCACAGGCUCCUGGGGGCCAUCCAGCGCCUACUCCAGGACUCCCUGCCACACCCCCAGGUGCCCGUCCGCAUCCAAGGCCUGCUUGGGGUCCAGCAUCUUGGGAAGGAGCCCGGGCAGAGCGAUGGGAUCUGUUUCAACAUCAUGGCGUCUGUAGGCGACAAGGGACGGUGGCUGGAUGAAGCGCCCCCGGCGUUGCAGAGUGGAGCCUUCCUCUGGCGGAAGGUGGAGGAUGAGGCCCUGCGGAGCCGGAUCCUGCAGAGGCUUGAUGAAGAGUCCUUUGUCCCCAUUAACAGCUGAACCACCCCCCUGUGGAGAUGCAGGAUGGUCCUGGGUGUGUACUUUGGGGACUUUGGGCCAGGCAAGGAUCCCUGGAGGAGCCUCAGAUGGGCCAAAAAUGCUCGCUGUUUGCUGGAAUGAGGGACGCUGGGAGUCUGUGGUACCACAGAGGGCACCUUGCAUUGUGCCUUUGCAGGAAACAACGCAACAGCUGAGGGCUUGAAGGCACCUGAACUCUGGAACUGGCCAGGAGAACCUUUUCUUGCUCCAGAGUGGCAGCUCACAGCUGUGAUUCUUCCACCUUUCCGCACCAGGAGCAUGGCAAUGCCUGUGCAUGCCGCCCCCCCAAUUGCCCAGCUUCUGGGUUCUCCUCACAGCUGCAAGAAAAAGGACCUUGACAGGAGGAGCUUAGAGCUCUUGCCACCCUUAUGGAUGAUUUGCAGCCUUGUAGAAUCCAGCCAGGCUUGGUAAAAAUAAAAUUAAAAAGUUU